CUAAUCAUCUUCAAUCCCAAAAUUAAAAACAAUAAACAGAAACAUCUUAGAAAAAACCUUAUUUUACUUUUCUCAGAUUUUGACUUUAGAACGUUGAGUCAGUCUUCCUCACUUCCCCUAAAGUGCAGUUGGUACAACAACACUUUAUUUGACUGAAUGAAUUAAAAGGUCCACUACUCGCCACCAAAGAAAACUAUUCUAACACCACGUGCUUCAAUCUUCUCAAAAUGUAAUAUUUAAUUUACUCAAAUUAAGUGAUAUUUCUAUUUCAAGUAGAGCAACACGCCUACUUUAUCACCACCUGUCAAGUAACUUCCUCUAUAAUUCUCACCUCUCAUUAUAUAUAAACCCACCACACCACACCCAAUCUUCACUAUCACACUCCAAAAAAAAUCAAACAACACAAUCCUCUCAUUUUUCUCUCAACUCUAUGGCUACGGAAGCGCUUAACUCACCCACCACCGCCACUCCUUUCACUCCCUUCGAGGAACCGAAUCUCAGCUACCUCGAUACACCAUGGACGAAAGGUAAACGUUCAAAGCGUUCUCGUAUGGAUCAAUCUUCAUGCAGUGAAGAAGAGUAUCUCGCUUUCUGUCUCAUCAUGCUCGCUCGCAGCGGCAACAACAACAGCAACAACAGCAACAACUCCACCGCGAAACAGAUUUUAUCUGACACUGAAUCGGCGCCGCUAACAACCGUUAAACUCAGUCACAAAUGCUCCGUUUGCAACAAAGCUUUCUCAUCUUACCAAGCACUCGGCGGACACAAAGCCAGCCACCGGAAACUCGCGCUUAUGUCCACUGCCGAAGAUCAGAAUCAGACCACCACCACCUCAUCCGCCGUGACUACUAGCUCUGCAUCCAAUAAGAUCAAGACUCACGAUUGUUCCAUAUGUCACAAAUCCUUCCCUACCGGACAGGCUUUGGGAGGACACAAGCGUUGCCACUACGAAGGCGGUGCCGGUGGCGGAGCCGGAAGUAGCGCCGUAACGGCCUCGGAAGGAGUUGGAUCCUCUCACAGCCAACACCGUGACUUUGAUCUUAACCUCCCGGCUUUUCCGGACUUUUCAAAGAAGUGUUUCGUGGAUGACGAGGUUUCCAGCCCUCUUCCUGCAGCAAAGAAGCCCUUUCUUUUCAAGAUUGAAAUUCCUCAUUACUGAUUAAUAGAUUAAUAGAUCCAAGUUUAUUCUUAUUAUUUCUUAUAUUACUCCGUAGUGCAUAGCUAUUUUAUUUUCAAUUAUUUCAGAUCAAUUUGUUCUGUAAAUACAAAUUGGGGUUGGUAUUACAAUUUAGAUUGUACUUAGUCAAUGGAAAUUUAAUUCAAUUGAUUUAUUAUUUUA